CUUUGCAGUGCACUGUCAUGUCCACAGAGACAAAGGUCACUCCAAAAUAAGGCAUCAAUUCAAAUCAAGUGGAUUAGAGGUCCGUCUCAGAAGCACAAAGAUGCACUGCUUAAGCCGAAAUCCCAGCACCUGCCUGGUGAACUCUUACAGUGAUGUGAAGGAGAAGGAUGAACAGAGGAGGGAGGGCUAUGAGGCUACAUGGUUGGACGUGGUAAUGGAAACAAGACCAGAGAAGAAUGCGACUCUAUCUGAAAUCAAUUCUCUGCGGAAGGAAACGUAUGAGCAGAAGAAGUUGGUACAUUUCGUUGUGCGCAGAUACCUUGACCAAACGCUCCACAUGGGAAGAUAUGGAGACAAAAUGCGCAGAUAUGAGUCGCGCUAUGCGAAGAACGUCCUGCCUCUACCACUUUUUGUGCCCAAGAAUAUGGCACAACAGAAUGACUUGAACCAGACGCCCAUCCCGGCAGAGGAUCGCUCCACGGUGGAGUUUGAUAAAGCGUCACUGAUUGACGUUUGCGCGGAGAAGAAACUUCGUAAUGAGAUCAUGCCGCCGAUCAUUCAGUCGAGCCGCCAAGACUUCAGAGCGUCUCGCGCGUAAUGCCCUGUGCCAAAUCUCCGGUGUGCCAAGGCCCGAGCCAACGAGUCCACUAUCGCGGCAGUGGAACGGCCGGUGGGGUUUACAAGAACGGGACUGGACUUUGAGUGUGAAUUCCUAAUUGUUCGAAUCCACCUGAUGACAACCUGUGAAUUUAAUGUUUAUCGUGCUCAGCCGGUCAGUGACUUUGAUCUGUGGAAGAUAUUUGGCACUUUAGUUAGCCUAUUGCAGGUAAUUUUCAGAACAUCUUAUCCCUUUAGUAGCCUACAUGGUGCGAUAGGACACAGCCAAUAUAAGCUAUCAAAAUAAACAUUUAGAAUACAUAAAAAGCUAAAUGUAAUAAAUAAAUACUAUAGCUAUUAGUCUGUCCAUGAAGGUGAUGAUGUUAUUUUACUAUUUAAGUUUGAACUGUGAACCGUUAGACUAUGGCAUUGUCUGAAAAUAUAUGAAAUAAUCAUGACAGCUCGGAAAUAACCUUGUGGAGUAAACUAGGUAUAAUGAAAGAGUACAUGAAGUGAGAAAGGUUUGCGGGGACAUCGGGACUUCUGUGACAUUCUGUGUGCAGCGUUAUGCUGCCAUCGUGUGGAUGAAUAUAGAAAUACGGAAAGCACUGUGGGUAGAAACUAAACAUUCAUGACUUAUGAAUGAAAUAUUAAAAGUGAUUGCUCCAUGGACUGAUUAUGUGGAGUUUUUAACGUACCUUAUAUGUAUGACAUUGGAGUGAGUGACCCUUGAGUUUUUGGUGUUGACACAGACAGACAGAGACACGUGAUUGUAGAAUGUAAAAAGCACAAUAUCAGAUUAUGCUUGUGGGAACUCUAAGCCUCUGA